AGCUUAAAUUCAUCAAAUAAGGUUUUUUUCUCUGGCAAGUAUUUCGUAUGCCAAAUUCAAAUUAUGAAAAGUGUAAUUAUGUAAAAAAAAAAACUAAAAUAAACGGCUGACUUUGUAGAUUCAUUCACAGCCUUUAUGAUUUUAGAAUAAAUAUGUCUAGUGAAGGAUUGGUGAGCUGUGACACCUUUAUUGUGAUGAGGGAUUCAACUGUUAGCGGGGAAACUAUAUUUGGAAAGAACUCAGACAGGCCUAAAGGAGAAAUCCAGGAGGUGGUUUUUAUUCCUUCCAAAAAGAAUGAAUCUAAAACUCUAAAAUGUACGUACAUAAUAGUGGAACAGGUUCCUGCUACAUACGCAGUUUUCCUGAGUAAGCCUGAGUGGAUGUGGGGGGCUGAAAUGGGCGCAAAUGAGUUCGGUGUUGUAAUAGGUAACGAGGCAGUUUGGAACAGACUUAGUGAGUCCUCUCAUGACCUGGUGCCUAGAUUGCUUGGUAUGGAUUUACUCAGGUUGGGACUAGAGAGAAGUAAAACAGCACGUGAAGGUCUAGAAGUGAUUACUGGACUACUGGAGAAGUAUGGACAGGGAGGGCAGUGCUCAAACAUAAUUCAUGAUUUCUCAUAUCACAAUUCUUUUCUUAUAGCUGAUUUUCAGGAAGCGUGGAUCCUGGAAACAGCUGACAAGUUAUGGGCUGCUGAGCACGUGGAGACCGGAUAUAGAAAUAUAUCGAAUUGUAUGAGUAUAACAACCAAGAUUGAUCGUUGUCAUCCCGAUCUUAAAUCCAGGGCUAAAUCUGAAGGAUGGUGGGACGGAGUAUCGGAGUUUAACUGGUCUGAUGUUAUCGGGAACACGUCAGGAGAUCUAGAGAACCCAGGCUCAAGAUUCAGUUGUGGGCGUGAACUGUUGAAGGAAAGAUGUGAAGGAAGUAAGUUUAAUGUUAAAAAUAUGAUGGAAGUUCUUCGAGAUGAAGCCAGCGGGAUCAACAGACCAAGUGGAGAUUUCCCAACAGCUGGAAGCCAAGUUUCCAUCCUUGCUGAGAACUCUGGUAUUGCUGAUAUUCACUGGUUUACAGCUACCUUAUGUCCAACAAGAAGUAUAUUUAAACCUGUUUCCUUCUCUAUGCCGAAUCUUUUGACUGAUGCUACGAGCUCGGAUUCAGAUAAAAGCAAAGAUAGAAAACAUUUGCUGUGGUUCAAACAAGAUGAAUCAACUUCAAAUACAUUUCUUCAAAACAGUAUCGAAGACAAGUAUAUCAAAUCUGCACUGGAAAAAAGAACAAGGGAAAGUUUUGACACAAAUCUGUUUAACAAAGCAGUAGAGGAAGAACUGGCCCUGUAUGCUGCUUAGAAUUAUUAAAAUCAUGAUAAAUUUUCAAAAAUGUUCUUGUUCAGUAACUGUUGGGGCGUUAAUAAAAAUUUUAAAAGACAAAAUAUAUUUUAAUUCCUUGUUAUUUUCUUAUCCGAAGUUUAAUGACAACAUUGACUAAAUAAAAUUUAUUGUCAUGAUAAGGCUCAACUCCUUUAUCUUAAUUCAAACUUGUUAUUUGUCUGAGUUGUUUGUAUUCUAAUAAGUUGCUUUAUUUAAAGUUUAAAAAUUGGUGUCGUAUCGUUUGCACUAAUGAUUGAUCGGACUAACGUACAUUCGCACUAACGUUCAUUUGGACUAACGUUUUAUUUGAUGGUUAGGUUAAGGUUAAGACAAUUUCUGGGCCGAGCGCUGCGGCCAGGACAGGCUAGGGGGCCGAGCGCCUCGGCUAGGACAGGCUAGGGGGCCG